AUGCUGCAUUUCUCCACCUCUCUACUGAGUGCUGACCGUCAAAGUCCGCUCUCACUUUCUAUCCCUAGCGAUUGGAAGAACCAGAAAGCAAGUUGCUUCUACUAUCUGCUUUCAAAUCUCUUCAUUUGUCUCACAAGUCGGCUCGAAAGCCUCAGAAAGGGGACGAGUCUGAUCGAUGAAGUCAUCGAGAUCGCCAGCCCACGUACAGAACACAGGCAUUGGACUAUUAUGUACCACAUUUUCCAGCGCUCAAACAGUGCCCUGUCUAGAUGGGCGUCACAUACGGAGUACUCUGUCUCCUAUGCUUUCCCUUCAACAUUGGUCACUAACAACGUUAGGACGAAGCGAAGGCAGUUCCCCACCUAUGUCGAGGGAAAGUUCGCCGACCUUUUCUUUCGUUAUGCAAUAUCAUUCUUACCAUUUCGAGCCUACAAUAUGCUGAUGCAACUAAGUCUAGACCUGUCCGCCAUCUCAAUUGUGUCGCUCGAGGCGAUAGUCUUCCUCCUCCCCAAUAAGCAAGAGACGCCAGCGCCAGCGGGGAAGAAGCGCGCCUCACACGGCAGCAGCUCGACGACAACGCAUCCCGUUGCACCCGCUAUCCCCGCACAUCCUGCAGCGAUCCUGCCCCAGGAGCUUGCAAUUCUCCGCGACAUGGCCCAGACACCGAACCUCCAUUUUGCAUCACCCUCCACACGUCUCCUUCGCCACCCUCCUUCUUAUCUCACAGCCCGUUAG